AGAGAGUAGUUGAUAUAUAUCGAGCACAGCACAGAAAUGGGUCCAUUGUCCUCUACAUGAAUUCACAACCCUUUUUUUCUUUUCUUUCAGAACACGAUCCGGGUCUGCCGCUCCUUUCACCACUGUCCCCUCAAUCUCUCUCUCUCUCUCUCUCUCUCUCCUCUUUCUCUCUCUAGAUACAUAUAUAUUAUUGUAUCUUCAGUCUUACUGAAUUCGAGUGGCUGCUGUGAAUUGCAAAAAAGAAGAAGAAAUGGAGGAUCAAUACGGGAUGGACGAUCUGAGGCAGUUCAUAAGCAGCAGGCCUUUAUUUCCGCCCAUCGCUCAGCCGCCGCCGGACUUGCUGUCCAGCCACCGCGGUCUGAGCUCCGGCGCCAACCCGUACGACAUGCUCAUGUUUCGCUCCGAUUCCAUUUCCACCACCAGCGCAACCACCGCAGCCGCCGGAUCGAGCAGCGCCGCCGGUGGCUGUUUCAGCACCGGCUUCGAGAGCGGCCUGAACAACAACGGCGGCGGAGACGGCGGCGCCGGGAGAUGGCCGAGGCAGGAGACGCUCACACUUCUUGAAAUCAGAUCAAGGCUCGACCCCAAGUUCAAGGAAGCCAACCAGAAGGGCCCUUUAUGGGAUGAAGUCUCUAGGAUAAUGUGUGAGGAACACGGGUACCAAAGGAGCGGCAAGAAAUGCAGGGAGAAGUUUGAAAACCUGUACAAAUAUUACAAGAAAACCAAAGAAGGCAAAGCUGGCAGGCAAGAUGGCAAACACUACAGAUUCUUCAGACAGCUUGAAGCUCUCUACGGUUCCAACAAUACAGUUCUCUCCGAUCAUCCACCCCAUCACUUAACCACCACUACUCUUCCCUACAGUUUUCCCACCACCACCACCACACAAUUAGAACCACCACUAUUUCAGUACCCCAAUAAUAAUAAUAAACAGUCGGACACAAGCCUUAGCCUCUCGAAUUACUCCGACGCCGAAACCAGCUCGUCGAGCGGCGACGGCAAAACGGGCGGCGGCGAUGGCGGUGGUGGUAAUAAUUGGAAAUUGAAGAUACGAGAUUUCAUCGAUGUGCAGAUGAAGAAACUAAUGGACAAACAAGAAGCGUGGAUGGAAAAAAUGAUGAGAGCGAUCGAGCACAAGGAGCGAGAGAGGAUUUCGAGGGAGGAGGAGUGGAGGAAGAUGGACGCCGAGAGAAUUGAUAGAGAGAGAAAAUUCUGGGCCGGCGAACGGGCUUGGAUCGAGGCCCGUGACGCGGCCCUAAUGGAAGCGCUCUCGAAGCUCACCGGAAGAGCUUCGCCGGAGGAGAGGAUUAUUAACAACAACGACGGUGAGAUAUGGCCGGAGGGUGAGAUGGGGAGAUUGGUCGAGAUACGGAGAUCGAUGGAAGUGAAGUUCGAGCAGAUUAGAGGGGCGAGAUUGUCCGAAGAGGUUGUACUGUGGGACGAGAUAGCGACGAAAAUGGCUUGUCUAGGGUACGACAGAAGUCCGAUGAUGUGCAAAGACAAGUGGGAUAGCGUCGUCGCUAAUAGUAAUGAUUGCGCGAUCAAGUGCAACAAGAAAAGGAAGGAGAACUCGAAAAGCUCCGGUACGUAUUAUAAUACUAACGAGUCCGUUUCGAAUCGAGGAGGAGGAGGAGGAGUUUACGGCGAUGACAGCUGUGAACAAGGGAAUGUCGAUCAUACGAUUCGGUUAUAUGAUCAUGGAAAUUCGUCUCCUAAUAAUAAUAAUCAUAAUAUUAAUGGUAAUAAUAAUAAUAAUAAUAAUGGAUUGAAUGAUAGCUGCUUCAGGUACUUUUUGGGGGAUGCUUACGGAAGAAUAAUGGAUUGAUCGAACUCAAUAACGGAUUCGAGUCGAAAGUUCGAUAAUGCAGCAAACUUGUGUUAAGAACAACAGCUCAAUUCUUUUGGUUAUCAUGUGGUAAUAUUAAUUCAAUUGCUUUUUAUGAUGUACGUUUCUUUUUUUUUUUUUCUUUUCUUUUCUUUUUUAAUUUCUGUAACUCGUGAAUUUUAGUAUGUAUAUAUGAUUAUUUCGAAAGUUCAUCUUUGUUAGAUUUAAUUUGUAAUUGGAUAUAAGAAAGUUUAAGGGAAACAUGCGAGUUUAAUU